GGAUGCGUUGUGCACUUUGUCUAAGAUGAGAACUUGAUGCGGUGUUCCGUCCCAGAGCCUAAAGGAUGACUGCCCCAGCCCUGCUGCCCCUGUCUGGACGUCGGAUACCGCCUCUGAGCCUGGGGCCGCCCUCCUUCCCGCACCACAGGGCUACCUUACGACUCUCGGAGAAGUUCAUCCUGCUCCUUAUUCUUAGUGCCUUCAUCACCCUGUGUUUUGGGGCAUUCUUCUUCCUGCCAGACUCUUCGAAACACAAACGCUUUGAUCUGGGGUUAGAAGAUGUGUUAAUUCCUCACGUAGAUUCCGGCAAAGGGGCUAAGAACUCUGGAGUCUUCCUGAUCCAUGGACCGGAUCAACACAGGCACAGGGAAGAAGAAGAACGUCUGAGAAAUAAAAUUCGAGCUGAUCAUGAGAAGGCUCUAGAAGAAGCAAAAGAAAAAUUGAGAAAAUCAAAGGAGGAAAUCCAGGCAGAAAUUGAGACGGAGAAAAAUAAAGUAGCCCAAGAAAAGAAGAUGAAAGAAAACAAGUCACUGCCACCUGUGCCCCUUGUAAACAUUGUAGGGAUCAAUGGGGGAGACCCAGAAGAUGAUGACAUAAAGCAGAAAAGGGAAAAAAUUAAAGAGAUGAUGAAACAUGCCUGGGAUAACUACAAGGCAUAUGGAUGGGGACACAAUGAGCUCAGACCUAUUGCAAGAAAAGGACAUUCCACUAACAUAUUUGGAAGUUCCCAAAUGGGUGCUACUAUAGUAGAUGCUCUGGAUACCCUUUAUAUCAUGGGACUUCAUGACGAAUUCCGGGAUGGGCAAAACUGGAUUGAAAAUAACCUUGACUUCAGUGUGAAUUCAGAGGUAUCUGUGUUUGAAGUCAACAUUCGAUUUAUUGGAGGCUUACUUUCUGCAUACUACCUUUCAGGAGAAGAGAUAUUCAAGACUAAAGCAGUACAGUUGGCUGAGAAACUUCUUCCUGCCUUUAACACACCUACUGGGAUUCCCUGGGCAAUGGUGAAUCUGAAAAGUGGAGUUGGGCGAAACUGGGGCUGGGCUUCUGCAGGUUGCAGCAUCCUGGCUGAAUUUGGUACGCUUCAUAUGGAGUUUGUUCACCUUAGCUACUUGACAGGGAACAUGGUGUACUACAACAAGGUUAUGCAUAUUAGGAAACUACUUCAGAAAAUGGAUCGCCCAAAUGGUCUUUAUCCAAAUUAUUUGAACCCAAGAACAGGACGCUGGGGUCAGUAUCAUACGUCAGUUGGUGGUCUGGGAGAUAGUUUUUAUGAAUACUUGUUAAAAGCAUGGCUGAUGUCAGACAAAACAGACCAUGAGGCAAGAAAGAUGUACGAUGAUGCUAUUGAGGCUAUAGAAAAACAUCUUAUUAAAAAAUCCCACAGCGGUCUCGUCUUCAUUGGAGAAUGGAAGAACGGUCACUUGGAAAGGAAGAUGGGACAUUUGGCUUGCUUUGCUGGGGGAAUGUUUGCUCUAGGAGCAGAUGGUUCCAGAAAGGAUAAAGCUGGUCAUUACUUAGAGCUAGGGGCAGAAAUAGCACGUACAUGUCAUGAGUCAUAUGACAGAACUGCUGUAAAGUUAGGUCCCGAGUCCUUUAAAUUUGAUGGUGCAUUGGAGGCUGUGGCUGUCCGGCAGGCUGAAAAGUAUUACAUCCUCCGACCGGAAGUAAUUGAAACCUACUGGUACCUAUGGCGAUUCACUCAUGAUCCCAGAUACAGGCAGUGGGGCUGGGAAGCAGCCCUGGCCAUUGAAAAGUAUUGCCGAGUUCGUGGUGGGUUUUCUGGCAUCAAAGAUGUGUAUUCCUCUACUCCUACACACGAUGAUGUACAGCAGAGCUUCUUUCUUGCUGAAACGCUGAAGUAUUUGUAUCUGCUGUUCUCCAGUGAUGACCUUUUACCUUUAGAUCAUUGGGUAUUUAACACAGAGGCUCACCCGCUGCCUGUGUUAGAGUUAGCCAACACCACACUUUCAGGUAACCCUGCGGUUCGAUGAAAGCAACUCCAGAAGGACCAUUCUUACCUGUGUUUUGUUUACAUGGACCACUGCAGAAAUUAGUCUGGAGAGGCGGCUUUUGAAAACCUGGACCUCUUAAGUCAACACAGCAGGGUGAACCUCUUCCCUGCAAGACUUUCAACAUGUAGAUACAUAAACUUUGAAAUUAUUCCAUUUUAUACUUGACCAAAACAUGCUCUGGUACUUACAGGGCAAAGAGAUGAUUCUGAAAAUGACUUUGAUUCUGAAAACAUGGUCACGUGAGAAGCGAUGCCUAUUACUACUAUCUUGUUUUUAGAGUCCUUAAGUCUGGAGGCUGGACUUUCUAAGAGCAAACCAAGAAUAUAGAGCACCUUGCAGGAGUUAGAGAUGGCCUGGGGAACCACUUCUGUAAUUGUUUCUUCCCACAAUGGAGCAGCUUUCAAAUAAAUAUUUCCACAUCAUUUUUCUGUUUUUUCCUCCAUUUUAACAAUGGAAUGAACUAAGAUGAACAAGAACAAAAGAACUGUGUAAUUGGACUAGCCGGAAGAAGACUCAAAAAGGAAACAGAAGAACCGGUACCUAUCUGAAGUUUCAAGUUCUCCGUUGGAUGUCCAGCCUGGCAGCCAUUUUAAUCCCAAAAUUUUAUUCAAAGUCUAGGUUAAAUUCCACUUUUUCUCGGGGCAUGAUCUGGCAAAUAAUAUUCUUUGUCUUUGUCUCCCUACAAAAUCAUUGAAACUACUGUUUAUCGUAAGCAACACUUAGCCUGGUUUGGGGGUUUGUGCAUGUGGUUCAGUUCAGUGUUGGUAGCAUGACAAAAAGUGAGAAAUCAAUGAGCUGAUUGCCUCCUUGAAACCUGUUCUAAGUCCUUGGUUUUAUCAGUAGGAAGCUACUCUUCCAAACCAGAAAAUCCACUGAGUUAAAUUUUAUCCAUUUUAAUCUCAUACUAAAAUUACUGGAGUCACUCGAUUUACAACUCUUUUUAUUUUACUUGGCAGGAUUGACUGUUGUUUAGUUCUGAAUUUGCCCUGGUAAUACAAAUUACUUUUACAGUUUAUUAAAGCAAAACAAAACAACAAAGUUUCCUUCUAUCUGAAAUGGGAGUAGGGACUACUUUAUUUAUUUCAUACCAGAUGAAUGAACUAUUCCAAGGUAUUUUUUAUUUUUUGUUUUUUAGUUUCUCCAUGAAUGUAGAAACCCAAAGAAUUAAUUGGAAUAGCUUCAGAAUACUUUUCAAUGAUGAAAGUAUCAUAUAAUUAAUCAUGCUACACCAAUAUUGGGGUAUAUUAAAGGACUUUCUAUUAUCAGUAGUUUUUGCAUUGACGCUUCUUUUUAACUAAAUUAUGGUUCUUUAUAUUUUAGUAGAAAGAGCUUAAAUUUUGUCAAGAACUAUAAUGUAAGAUAAAUAUCUAAUACUUAAAAAUUUAUGUCCUUUGGAUUUUUGUGACAAUGCAAGACACUUUUUUCUCCUUUUCAUAUAGUAUAUAUAAUUUCCAUUGACAUUAAUAAAAGUUGGAAUAAAUAUCCUUAGUCUAAUAUUUUCUCUGAAUUUGAGUAUUUCAUGAAAGAGGUUUGUACAGAAAACCCACGUGGAAUUUUUAAGGCUUUUUUUCCUUAUUUCAUAGCUUCUCUUUUUAAUUCUCUGAAGACAGAUAAUUUAUUUAAGUUGGAAGAAUUAAAGAAUUAAUAAGUUAAUACAGUUAAACAUUUUCUAAAGGUGGUCCUGUCUUCCCAUCAAUGAAUCCAGUCCAUUCAGUAAUCCAUUGUGGUAAUAGUAGUGGCUACUCUACAAUCUUUCAAUGUACACAGAAAAUAAGGGAGAACAGUUAAAUUACUUAAGUCUUUAAGAGAGUUAAAAUUUAGCACAUGUUUUAAAAAUGUAGCAUAUUUUACUAGUUGAAAAUUUUAAGAAUUUAAAUGAGAGGUAUAGAUAACUCUAAUUUCAAAAGAGAAAUGGAAUGUUUUUGACUCUCAGAAAAGAGUUAGCCUUUCUCUUAAAAAUAGCACAAGCCUGCUUAUAAAUCACCAAAAAAAAACAAAAAUUGGCAAACUUGAGUCACAGAGCCCCAGAGUAGCUGCAAAGGGCAGUGAGCUUCUCUGACUUUGUUUAGACGGAUGCAGAAAAGGGGGCUUGUUUAGUCCCCCUGGAGCUUUUCAAACAGAGAGGAGAUGGAACUUUGGCCUUCGGAUGCGCUGUUUGUAUGACUUGGGUGACUGGGGUUAAGAGAAGACAGAAGUGUGUGCAGGGCCAGUGCUGUCCUUGCAGAGGAUCCGGGACAAGGGUCUUCACUAGCCCCUACCGUCCUUGUGAUCAGAAGACUACAGCUUAAAGCAGUGCCUCCUUUUUUUUUUUCUUUUCUUUCUUUUUGUUUGUUUGGUGGGUUGGUUUUGUUCUCUUAAUACCAAAGGCAAUUAAAGUUGGCUAUAAAUGAUUUGCCUGUGUCAUAUUUUAUUUUUGCUAUAGAUUUUUAAAUUAUUCCCUCAAGGUAAGUCUGUAUCCCCUAUCCUGCUUAGUUUCCAAGAUUACUCUUACUUUGUUCUGCCGUUCAUAGCCCCUUGCAUCUAAUCGACCUUAUUACUCAGGAUAAACCCUCAUUGCAUAUAAAAGAACUUCUGAAAAGAGCCCAGAAAUGCUCCUUUUCAGGUGUCUCCUCAAAGAGCUGACACACCUUGUGCCUUUGGCACAACUGUGCAGGGUAGAUAGAUCAGUUGGUAAGUAAAAGCAAGAAUGUUGAGUACCCCUCUUGUGUACAUUUUUAUCUCUUCAUUUUAGAAUCAUACUUUCGAUUCAAGCCAGAUUCUUUUUUUUUUUUUUAAUAAUUCAAUCGAUCUUAAGAGAAUGGCAUUCUAACCAAAAUGAGGUCUCAAUACAGGAAAAACUAAAUCCCCAAUCGCAGAGUCCUUUCUUUCUGAUGGGCUACUGUUUUGAACAUCAACAGAUUCCUACUUGCAGCAGGUGUUUAUAUGUGAAAGUAAAAUCUGAGUAUUAAAGGAUUGCAUUCUUUCUGAGCAACCUUGACCCAGGUCCUCUGUGAUGUCAUCUAGGGUAGCCCAGGGCUUCACGUGGUAGAUUUUAACCAAGCAGUUUGGAAUUAUGAUCAUUAACCUUUCCUCUUUACUCUCCAUUGCCAAAGUCUUUAUCGAAACUCCAAAACUGUUGACAAAAGAUUGUGCUUACCGUUCUCUUUAGAAUACAGCUUCUCCCUAAGCCUUGAUUUCUUCGGGUGAGUGUGUGAGUAGGUGAGAGAAUGAGUGAGCUGCAGUUGUGAGUAGGAGAACUUCAUAUGGGAUCCCAGUGGCAUUUUCUGUGUGAGAAUAAUUCACGCUACUUUGAAUGUUUUCCAAUAUGAAUCAUAUUAUAAAAAUCCAUAAUUUUAUAUUUCAUUUAAAUUAAAGGGGAAAAGAAUGUUUUAUAAUAUAUUUUAAACAGUGUGUUGCUAUAUAAUACUAACAACUAUAAUUGUAGUUAAUAACUAAAAUCUCUUGAGAAAUGUCAAAAAUAUUUGAUUUCUGAUACAAACUUUGACAAGUAAUUUAGAAAUAAAUGCAUUCUUAUUUUACUAUAUCACUUUAAUUACAUAAUUAAAAAUCAAUGUUUUAUAGAAGUACUGCUUAUUUUAUAUUCAGAAGAGUAACAUGAUCAUGCGUAAAACUUGCAGUUGUAAAUUGUCUUUGCAUUUCUUAAAGGAAAACAUACUAAAAUAUUCUAAUAUCCCAAGUAACAGUUUCUAGUAAUAGUGUUGCAAUUUCUCCUUAGGUUUCUUUAUUCUCAAAUUGGCUAGCUUCUCUUACUCACUGUUUACAUAGAUACAUAAAUAUGAUAAUACACAGUUUUUUAAUAAUAUAUUGUUAACACAGUUGGAAACUGAUUUGAGCUAUACAAAUUACAGAAGGAAUAUUUCAGUAAACAUGCAUGAUUUGAAGAUAUUUUAAUCCAGUUAUUCAGAUUCAAAACAUUGGUGACCAUAUUUGUGACUUGAACUCAUUCACAUCAUGAUAAGGACGCUUUUGUUCUAUAUCCAGCCAGCUCUCCCAUAAAGAACCAGAAAAUGUAUAUUUAAGCUAUGGGUGCCAUGCAGUCUCUCUUACUACUCAUUUCUGCUGUUGAAAUGUGAAAGUUAUCUAUUAUAUGUAAAUAAGAGUUCUAGGUGUGAUCUAGUAAAAUUUUAUCUAUGAAACAGAUGAAAGGCUGGCUUUGGCUCAUUAAGUUAUAGGUAAUCCAGAUCCCAAGUUUUAAUUACCUAAGGCCUUCUAAGCUUCAGUUUGCCUGUUUUCCUGUGUGCUUUGAUUUAUUCAUUUUUAAGAGCAAAAAAGAUGCGUGUUUGUAAAAUUAUGUAUUUAUAUAACUUCAAACUAUAUGUUUUAUGGUGUUUAACUGUACUCACAGAGUCUGUCAAAGUCAGGAUGAUCUCACGAAUGAUAUACAGAAAUCACAGGGGCAUGGGGAAUAUGCUCUCAGCCGUCAUCCUUCUCCUUGUCACUCCAAUACCCUUACUUGUGUCAAAAUAACAGAUUCUGUUCAGGUCCUGCAUGCUCAUUGCCUCCUGACGGAAGAUGCUAGAUUGUGAGAGCUGCAGAAAUUCAUCCACAUGGGUAGUGUAGAGCUCUCUCACAAGAAUUGUGACCUCUGUGCUGCAGAAAUGAAUUUUGAGAAAUUCUGUGCAACACAGAACGAGGUUUGUUCCUCAUUUACCAUUUAGCAGCGAACCUUUCUCCAGUGCACAGAGUGCUGCCCCCUUCUAGAACAGCGUGAGUCACAAGCGCAGAGAGCAGAGGCAUGCAAGAAGUGUGCUCUGUACCUCUGUCUACAUAACACCCUCAGUACCUUUGCAAGUCCCAAGUAUUAUUUCAGAAUAUUACUGCGUGUCAUUUUAAAGCUUCUCUCAGACACAGUGUUAAACUUCCAAUAUUUAACAACUAAUGUAUUUCAAACUUGGUUUGAAUCCCAGUAACUGAAAAAAAAAUUUUAUAAUGAAAUCACACAGUCCCAUAUUACUAGCCAAAGUCAUUGGAAUAGAACAAUCGUUCCGACAGAUAAUAGAUUUCUCACUAAAGAAGUAUGUUGAAUAGUUCACUGUUUUUAAGAAAUGCUAUGGGAGAGGAGGCUGCUGUUCAAAAUGAUGGCAAUUUCCUGGCUAUUUUCCAUUAUAUAAAUGAACUGCCUUUCUGAGUCCAACAUACUACAAGGUCACUUCAGCUCAUUGUGAACGUUGGUGAGCUCAAACACAUGCAUCCACAUUCAUACAUAUGUAUAUUAUUUGUGUAAGAUUUUAAAAAGAGUUGCAAAUACUUUGCAGCAUGUUGAAUGAUACAGACUUGUACUGGAAAUUACAUACUAGAAUACUUAUUGAAGAUAAGCUCUUUGUGGGAAAAGUAUUUUUUUAAUUAGAGAUUAGGGUUUUUUUCUAGGUUUAUCAAAUAAAGUGUCCCAAUUUUAAUUCCUGGAUUUGGAAGUGCAAAUGCCAUUUUUCACCCUCACUGGUCUCAAAUUCACCAGAAACGUUUCCUAAGAUAGUAAGUGGAAUAAAUACAGCAUCUUAAAUCAGAACCCACUGACAACCCCUAAAUUGGUUUUCAGUCAUGGCCUCCAUAAUGUGAUUUUUAUAAAUUAAAAAUAAUAUUGUGUAAUAAUGGUCAAAUAAAGAUGUUCUUUAAAU